AUGGCAGGCAGAAGAAAGAGCUCUGCCGUCGACCCAGAUGCUCUCAGGGCAGAGAUCUUCGACGAGCGAUACGAAACCACGCAGAGAGGAUUGAAGUCACGACAUGCCCAAAUGAUCGCUCUAGGAGGCACCAUCGGAACUGGACUCUUCGUCGGUUCGGGUCAGACACUACAUCGCGGUGGUCCAGCGUUUAUUCUUGGUACAUUCAUAGUGAUGUCAUUCCUUGUGUGGUGCAUCGUUUCCGCCAUUGUAGAGGUCGCAGCGUAUCUUCCAACACCAGGAUCGUCCAUGAACCUAUUCGGUCACCGCUAUGUCUCACGCUCCAUGGGCUUCUCGCUUGGCUGGCUGUACUUUUACUCUCUUGGAAUAUUGGUACCCUACGAGAUCACCGCUGCCGGACUUGUCAUCGAGUACUGGCAUCCGCAUGUCAAUAUCGCGGUUUGGAUCACCAUUAUGAUCGUCGUUAUUGUUGGACUGAACGCGUUUCCGGUCAAAUUCUACGGAGAGACGGAGUUUUGGUUUGCAGGGACCAAGGUCAUCAUGAUUGUAGGACUGCUGAUACUGUCCUUCAUCAUCUUCUUGGGCGGUGGACCUCACAAUGACCGCUUAGGGUUCAGGUAUUGGAAGAACCCCGGCGCAGCAAACACGUACCUCGAAACCGGAAACACGGGACGCUUUAUCGCCUUGCUCUCCACUUUGGUCUUGUCCGCUUUUCCAUUCGUUUUCGCCCCCGAACUACUUGUCGUUACUGGCGGCGAGAUGAAAAGUCCGCGUCGCAAUCUUCCCAUUGCGGCUCGCCGAUACAUUUACCGCCUCGUCAUUUUCUACAUUGGCAGCGUCCUCGCCAUCGGCGUCAUUUGUCCCUCGAACGACCCGGCGAUCACAAGCGGAGAAAAGGGUGCAGGUGCCUCUCCUUUCGUCGUGGGCAUCAAGAAUGCUGGUAUUCCAGUUCUCGACUCGAUCAUCAACGCCGGAAUCAUCAUCAGUGCUUGGUCUUCUGGAAACUCGUUCCUCUUCCUCUCAUCUCGAUCCCUCUACUCCCUUGCGCUCUCCGGUCACGCACCUAAGAUCUUCAAAACGUGCUCCAAAUCCGGUGUACCAUACUGGGCUGUGGCUUGCUCAUCGCUGUUCGCUGCUCUUGCUUAUUUGAAUGUCGGAUCCGAUUCUGCUGUGGUGUUCAACUGGUUUGUGAACCUGACCAACACUUCCGGCUUCAUAUCGUGGAUCAGCUGCGGCAUUGUAUACAUCCGAUUUCGCAAAGCGGUAGACGCACAAAACAUUACCGAUCUACCAUUCCGCUCGCCACUCGGAAAGACAGGCGCAUGGAUUAUCAUCGUUUUCUUCACGUUCUUGUGCCUUAUCAAUGGCUUCAACGUGUUUUUCCCGUCGGAAUGGGACGUCAGCAGUUUCUUCACAGCAUAUGUGGGUAUUCCGUUGUUUUUGGUGUUUUACUUCGGUCACAAAAUCCUGAAUUGGAGCGAGCCGUGGGCCUAUGACCCGAGGGAGGUGGAUAUGCAAACAGGUCUGGAACAGGUGCUUGCCGAUGAGGAGCCGCAGAGGAAAGUUUCAGGGCCGUGGUAUAUGAAGCUGAAGGCAAUCUGGGAGUAA